AUGGCUCAAAAUGUGCGGCCAAAGUCGAUAAAAAGUCAGGUCACUCGAGUUACCACUCCUCUUUUUCUCUGCUCUCUCCGCUUUUUCUGUGAUGCCGCUAACUCGAGUAAGUGCCCUUUUUGUACGUGAAACAUCCCCCUGGGCACAUUUUGGAAACUAUAUCUCAGGCAUAAGUUGACCGAUUUUUGAUUUUUAAAAAGUAUUUGGACUAAUUCGAGCACUGCGAGCCAAGUUAUGACGUUAGUUUUUGUCCUAAGGGGUUAAAUAUGGCCGAAAACACAAUGCCAAAAUAUUGCCAAAAUGGCGGGAAACGGUGUUUUUGAGCGAAUUGCCGUUGCUGGCAACAACCCCUGCGGAGGAUGGCAGAAGCUCUACCCGUAGACCUUUCCAUUCGACUUUAUAUCUAUUAUAGACUGCCCGUUUUCUUUUGGGAUAACCCAUCAAAUUUUAGAACUUUUUGAAGAUUGCUGCCCCAUUAAUGUUCAUUUCUUAUUGAUUUGACCGAAACUUUUUAAACUUAAUUAUAGCUAAAGGUAACGUAGGAUGUUAGCUUGGUUCUAAUAUCAAUUUUGAACCAGCUGGGAGCGAGUUUUUUUAUAUUGUACUAGGUCCUGGCGUUUGGUCCCUCGUUAAACUGCUAUUACGUUAAAUUUGCCACAUUUGCCUGGUAAAACAACCCAGUACCUUGACCUACAUUUCUCUCUCUCUUUUUCAAAAAAAGGUGACCUCGAAAAAAUUUCAAAACUUUUGGGCAAGAACUUUUAUCUUGUCUCUUAUAUAAAGCGGGAGAUAAAAGAUUUUCUGAAAAAUUUUUGAAAUUUUUCUGUUUUUACUUUUUUUUUAAAAAAAAAGUAAAUUUUCAGUUUACUUCAAGGAAAAUGCAAAAGAAAGUCAAUUUUAUUUCUGGCUUUCCGACUUCAAGGUCGGGAGUAGGACCGGAUCUUACUCCCCGCUCGGAGUCGCCGAAAGUCAGAGCUUGUUUUUACUUUAUUCCUCUUUUUGGCCCCGCACUGCAGGUUGCAAGGUUGAUGCCAAGUCUUUCCCUGAUGUGUCAAGUUUUUCUCUUCCGAAAAAAUUAUUUUUACGUUUGUGCGACGUUGUGAAGCUAUGUUCUCCACGAAGAUGGGCUGGAAAGUGAUCAAGUAAGAUUGGCAAGAGGAGAUGUACGUUUUUCAUUUGACAUCAAAAAUUUCCAUUUUAUUUCAGAGAAAGGUACAAAAUUUUUCCAAUUCGUAAAGCUUCAUGACCAUGGAUAAUGUAAGUGAGAUUAUCUCCUUUUUUGCUACGACGUCAAGAUUCUAAGUCGGGAAACGUUUAGAGGAGACCCCACUCUCAUGUAUAUUCUCCAUGUAUGAAACCCCAUAAAUUUUGAGGAAUAACGACGUAAAAAUUUCAAAUACUAUACUAACUUUCCAAAAGUAUGUUAUACUAAAGUAAAACCUAUGCAAACUAUCUUCAAGUUAUUGUAACAACGUUAUUUGAGCCUUAUUACGUUAUUACCUCAGUUUAGAACGCAUUCGUGGCAAAAAUCCGGCAGAUCUGAGCGGAUUUCGAUAUUGUACAUGACACCUAGAAAUCGAAUUUGGUGGCGUUUGAUAGAUAGAGUAUAUAACAAAACUAAAGUGAGGUGUCCUCUAGAACUCGCCAGCCUAGACCUGUUAACUCCAAUAACGGAACAAAAAACGCGAUAAGCGCACUUACAUUAUUAUCCAUGGUCAUGAAGCUUUACGAAUUGGAAAAAAUUUGUACCUUUCUCUGAAAUAAAAGGAAAAUUUUUGGUGUCAAAUGAAAAAAGUACAUCUCCUCUUGCUAAUGCUAACUUACUUGAUCACUUUUCAGCCCAUCUUCGUGGAGAAAAUAGAUUCACAACUUCAAAAAAAAUGAAAACGUUUCUUCCGGGAGAGAGAAAUUUGACACAUCUGGAAUUCCCGGGCGCAGCUCGCAAAAAUAGUUUUGAAGAAAAUAAAUUGGCGUGCAGGUGAGUAAAAACGGCAUCCUACUCACCAGCCAAAAUGGGCGAGCCAUUUUUGUUUCAACUUUGCGGAUCGACCUUUUGGCGAGCCAUUUUUGAUCCAACUUUCCAAAAAUUUGUCGUUCGGAGUAAGAAUGUUUUUUGACUCUCCGAAAUCGAAAAUUUCCGGAAAUUUUUCAAAAUUUACUUUUUUUUUUAAAAAAAAGUAAAAACAGAAAAAUUUCAAAAAUUUUUCAGAAAAUCUUUUAUCUCCCGCUUUAUAUCUACAAAAUCCAAAAAAAUCCGACCUUUUCCCUCUGGGCUCUACCUCUUUACUAUAUCAUAAAACUUUCAUGUCAUCAAAAAUUUCUAAUUUUUCAGUCGGAGACACCGAAUUACCCCCAGCCUAUGCAAUUACUGACACCGGGGCCUCGCCGAUCGUUGCUCCAACAGCCGACUAUCAACGAAUUGUCAGAGAACUCGGCGGUAGGUCACGGGAGGGUGUGAUGCCUUGCGACUCCGACUUCGUAUUGCACUUCAAAAUUGGCGGGCAGGAGUAUCAUGUGCCGGCCAAACAGCUGCUGUCGAAUAGUGGCCUAUUUGGCGAUAAAAACAUGUGUCAGCUUAUGCUUGAAAGCGGCAACUUUGGAUUCUGGAUUCUUGGGGAUCCCUUUAUUCGGCAGUAUUGUCAAAUUCAUGAUUUCGCCGGGAAAAGAGUGGGAUUCGCGCCGGUGAAACAGAAAUAA